GAGUGUGCUAUUUCUUAAACGAAUAGUGUCUCAGUGAACUGAAUGGGAUGCGGUAUGUGUGCUGGAGUCUUUCGACUGGCAUAUAUCAUAUAUGCCACCUUGGUGGGAUAAUUUUAACCGAUUUUAUUGGAAGUGACUGCACCUCCUGAAAAUAAUCAUUGGCUUUAGAAUCACCGCAUCAGGAUGCAAGAUUAAAGGUCACAUGACUGAAUUAUGCAGCCGCCGUGAUCAGCAGAUGACUUACACAUUGUUUAAGCAAGAUGUCGUCUGCCACUGAAAGUGGAGUUGGAGUGUCAGGGAAACAAAAUGGAGAGAAAACCUACAAAAAGACAACAUCCACUGCGUUGAAGGGAGCGAUCCAGCUGGGAAUAGGGUACGCCGUAGGGAAUCUUACUUCUAAGCCGGACAGAGAUGUGCUUAUGCAGGAUUUCUACGUAGUGGAAAGUGUGUUUUUACCGAGUGAAGGCAGCAACCUGACCCCGGCACAUCACUACCCAGAUUUCCGGUUCAAGAACUACGCUCCCUUAGCAUUCCGCUAUUUCAGAGAACUCUUUGGGAUCAAGCCAGAUGAUUACUUGUACUCCAUAUGUAAUGAACCGUUAAUAGAGCUGUCCAAUCCAGGAGCCAGUAGUUCCCUGUUUUAUCUAACCAGUGAUGAUGAGUUCAUUAUCAAGACUGUACAGCACAAAGAAGCUGAAUUUCUUCAGAAGCUGUUGCCUGGGUAUUACAUGAACUUAAAUCAGAAUCCGAGGACACUUUUGCCAAAGUUUUAUGGCCUUUAUUGUGUGCAGGCUGGGGGUAUAAACAUUCGAAUUGUUGUCAUGAACAAUGUGCUUCCCCGCUCGGUGAAAAUGCACUACAAGUACGAUUUGAAAGGUUCAACCUACAAGCGCAGAGCGUCACGCAAGGAGAGAGAAAAGUCCUUCCCCACCUAUAAGGAUCUGGAUUUUUUACAAGACAUGCACGAAGGCUUGUAUUUUGAAGCUGAAACCUAUAAUGCCUUAAUGAAGACAGUACAGAGGGAUUGCAGGGUCUUGGAAAGUUUUAAAAUCAUGGACUACAGCCUGUUAUUGGGGGUUCAUAUAUUGGACCCGAGUCCCAAGGAGAGAGAUGGGGAGAAUGCACAGGUGGCAGUGGAUGGGAAACGGCAUGGGGCCCAGAGGGUCCUGUACUCCACAGCCAUGGAGUCCAUCCAAGGGGAAGGCAAGUCAGCAGAGGCUGUUACCACAGACGACACAAUGGGUGGUAUUCCAGCCAAAACUCACAAGGAUGAAAAACUGCUUAUAUUUCUGGGCAUUAUCGACAUCCUACAGUCCUACAGAUUGAUUAAGAAGUUGGAGCACUCCUGGAAGGCUCUUGUCUAUGAUGGUGAUUCAGUGUCGGUGCAUAGGCCCAGUUUCUAUGCAGACAGAUUUUUAAAGUUUAUGAGUACUCGGGUUUUCAAGAAGAUACACAUUUUCAGAUGCUCUCCUUCCAAGAAAGCACGCAACUCUAUCCCAGCUCUAAAGUCCUCUUCACACGAGAUAAUAUCCCCCCAGAGCGAGGAGCAAACCGACGAGAAGAAGGACUGUCUCAGUGGCUCCAGGAGCCUCGUCAGCCUGGAUGGACAAGUAUUUGGGUCUUUCUCUCGGCCGGAUCUGGUGCCAAACCAUCAGUCCCUUUUUGAAGCUUCGUCCUUGGUCACCACAAUCUCCUCCUCCUCCUCACUGUAUGCAAGUGAAUGCUAUGCGAUGGACAACACUGGGGUCCCUGGAUACAGGGAUACGAUGGCCAUGAGCUCUACCUUUACUUUAGAGGACAGUGCCAUCUGCCUGAUGUCGGAGCAAAGCACCAUGGAAAUGGACAGAGACGAUGGCUCAGUGUUUGAUGUCUAUUUAUAAACUGUCAGGGAGUGUGUGCCUGAUGAAGACGAGCACUUUCUACACUCCAGAGCACAUGAAGCACAUGAACAGAUUCUACUUCAAAGACUGAAUUUAAAACACUUCAGCGGACGUUGCACAGGCUCAUAGAACCCUGUGUCCUAUUUCAACAGCUUUCCAGACUCUGCUGGAUAUUCAUACAGUAGCUGCUAUAUAUGUACAUUAAUUAUUGCUAGUUCAUAGUGGAU